AUGCAUCUUUUGCGAUACAGUGACACCGGCGAUCUCAGUCUCAUUCCGUUUCGCGAUGAGCCUAUUCCUACGUAUGCGAGUCUUUCGCAUACAUGGGGAGCGGACACCGAGGAGGUCACCUUCGAAGACCUGAUGACUGGCACUGGUAAGGAUAAGUCUGGCUACGAAGAGAUUCGCUUCCGGGGAGAACAAGCUUCAAGUGCAGCUCCACCUCUUGACCAGACUGGUGAUGGCUCCAAGAUUGCACCGAAAGAGACGGCCGGCCUUCGAGACAUGCUUCACCUUGGCAUCGAGAGCGUCCAGAGCUUGAUAAAGUUUCAGAAAGAGAAGGUACUAAGUGGAUAUACCGAUGACAAGACAUACCUUAUGGAGGGCCUUCUCCGGACCGCUGCCGCAUUACCUAACGGGCCAAAGACAAGAGAGGCAGUGACGGGUCAGUUUCUGACUCAGCUAUGGGUUGACUUACAGCAACCGCCGCAGUCAUAUACUGCCGCAUUACCCAACGGGCAAAAGAUCGAUACUUGCUGCAUCGACAAAGAAACCCAGGCUGGAAGCUCGCUGGCCGUUACCUCUAUGGCUCACUGGUAUCGGAACGCGAAACACUGCUACGUCUAUCCAUUGGGUCUUUCGACUACUGAGCAGACUGUAAGCGGCCAGUCCACUUGGGAGUCCGAUUUCCAGGGAAGCAAAUGGUUUGCCAAAAAGCUUGUUCCCGCCCCUUAUUCGGUUGAAUACAAAAGAUCAAGAGAGAGUUUCGGGCUCGAGCUCGAGGUUCUGAGGAAGAUGAGCCAUCGCCAUGUGGUCCGACUCCUCGGCUCGUAUAUCCAUAAGGAAUCCGUCGGGCUGUCAUCGCACCAAGUAGUGGUCUGCGACCUCGGCACCUUCUUUGAAAAUGCCGAGGCAUUAAUUUCCCAAAAAGUUCAGAAAGUCGAACAUCUGAAGGCUGAGUUCAAGCCGAAAUACAUGCUGGAAUAUCAGCUGCACAUGUUUGGAGGGAACGCGACCAAAUGCGACGAGAUCGGUGCAAAUUGUGGACUCAGCUGUCAACAUAUCCGGAUCCAAGGUCUCUGCAAUAUCCAACAUGAUAGAGCAGACUCGUCAGAGAUAUACCAACACCCUUCGUAUUCGGCGCCUCGGUACGCAUGUCAAGCACCGCAGCUACCACUACCCCAUCCGUUUCAUAUUGCACCGACAUGGGGAUGUAUAGGACACAUGCUGUUCGUCCCGGGAGCAGAAGAGCAAUGCGUGGCUGAUUCCAACGUUACCUGUUCGACCGCUCUAUCUGAUAAGACGAGCGUGUUCUCUAAGCCAUCAGAGAACGACCCAGUGGCCGGCACGGAGAUCUCAAACCACUACAAUCCUUCACCGAGCAUGUCGCAAUCCUGGCAAGAGGUUCCGCUGCUCCGAAUGGACCAAAUCUUGCCAGCAAAUGCCUACGAAUCUUGCAAGCCCGAGCUGCAGAACAAUGGACCAGUGACUCCUGGCUUUGAGCAUCCACGCCUGAGCGCAGACGGCCGAGAAGAUAGUGGGUAUGGUGACCAAGAACUCCCAACUCUUGGCAAGGAUACAGCACACUCGGAAGAGGCCAUUCUUGCAAACUAUGAGACUUCUGCUCUCCGCGACUUCGUGGACGAUCCCGGUCACCAGUAUUGGACCUGGUGCAAGGAGCACCAGAACUGGUGGCAUAAAGAUGAGAAAACCAACGCCAUGAUCUGGGCACCGCUUGACUUCGACUAA